UUUUAUAAAGCGUCUACUUUUGUCUUUUGUUAUUAUUAAAAUAACGCAUAACCUUUUCAGACUAAUGUUUCGCAUUUAUUGAAUCACAAAACAAUAAAAUAAAUCUCGGUUCAAUGUGAACUUAGUGUUUUGCACGAAAUUCAGGAAUUCGGUGUCGAAAGAACAGCGGAAAGAUGUUUUGCAUACAAGAAGCCGAGUCUCCUCAUUCGGAACCAUUCAGAACGUCAGACAAGGAUCCUCUGAACAUACAAUCCGACUCGAGUGACGAUGAACCGAGUGCAAAAAGAAUUAAAUUCGCACCAGAACUUAACUUACAAGUGUAUCAGAUACCAGCUUUCUCAACACCAAAGUCUCUCUCAAACCUCACUAUAUUUCCAACAACAACAAAUUCAUUACCAAAAUUUGUGAACAAUCCAUUGAACUUAGCUAAUCCAUUAGCGUUUGCAACCAGUAACUUGAACGCGAAUAAUAUAGUUAAAAAUUUGCACAGUCGUUACUCAUUACCUGCCAAAUUAACUAUAACACCUGUUAAUAAGACUGUGUCAGACGGAGAGGUGGUCAGAUACAAAAAGAACGGAGAGGUUGCUAAGAAGAGAGGUCCUCCGAAGGGCUACAAGAGAAAACCUAAGGAUCUGUCACAGAGCUUCUCCAAUGGUGCUCUAUUACAGGCGCAGAACACAAUACUGACAAGUUUGCUGGCAGCCAACACCACUCUGACCACCCUCACAAUACCAACACCACUGCCUGAGCAGAGACCACAGAUUAAACUGCCACCAGGUACAGAGCUGGUGGAACUGCUCCUGGACCCCGAGGACUGGUUCCCCACCGAGCCCUACCGGAUGGUGUUCAGCCGGAAAAAGAACCCCAAGUGGAAAAACUUCCCCUACAGAUGCGAACAUUGUUUUAAAGGCUACCGCGUGGCGUCGACGCUGGUGAGCCACGCGGCGGAGCGGCACGGCGCGGCGCCGCGCGCGCUGGCCGCGCCGUGCCCGUGCUGCCCGCACGUGUCGCUGCGCCGCAAGCAGCACAAGAAGCACCUCGCGCAGCACGAGGGCAAGAAGCGCCGCCUGUUCUGCGCCUACUGCCUGCCGCCAGUGGACUCGACGGAGCCCUACGUCAAAGAGUCAGUGAAGUACCCGUUCGACAAGUUCCCGCAGUACUGGUACGCGUCUGAGGAGUCCCUCCGCCUGCACAAGAAGAGGAAACACCCCUACGCGGCCAUGCUGAACUACAACUGGUUCUGUUCCUGGGGAGACUACGCGCCCAAUAGCUAGAGCGUCCCUUUUUAUAUUAGUUAAAUUGCUAAAGUUUUCUACCAUUUGGUAGCUUGGUAGGUAUGGUAGAAAAGUGUCUCAACCUUUUGCGUCCACUGCUGAACAUAGGCCUUACGUUAAGGAGUUUGGCGACAAAUAAAAUAGUUUCAACAAUUGAAUAGUUAAUUCAGGCGCUAGAUAAGUUGACAAGGUCAGUGGUAGCCGAUUCCUACUAUUUUAUAACAGCGAUGGAAAGGAACACUGCGGUAGAUACUUACUUUUGAGAACAUUUCUACUAUUUCAGUUAAAACUUGUAUGAUACAUUUGAACGAUUGUGGUAGUUAAUUUUGUCUGCCAUUGGAAAUAUUUUGAUAGGAAAUUGGUACAAAGUGGUACUUUUUGACAAGUGAUUGAUUUUUAGUAUUAAUUUAUGUACAUAUUGUCACAGUAGGUGUAUUGCGAACGUGAGAUUAUUGCAGCUCGUGUGUUACGCGAUUAAUGGAAACACGAUUUGAUUUGACUCAAUGUUCUGUUCGGUGGGUGUUAUAAAUUCCGCCCUUAAAGAUUCGUAAUACAGGAGUAGUUUUUUGAUACAAUAUUUUAAGGCCAGUAGUAUGUAAUCGAAAUGCCUGAAUAGUAUUAGUAUUUUUGGAUGUAAUUUAUAAUUAUUACGUGGCAACACUCGCCUUCUUCGUACUUAUGAUUAGAUCGUAAACAAACCAGAUAUUAGUGUUGCAUUAUAAUAAAUUUUCUACUAAAUGGUAGAUUUUGAGACAGUAUUUUGUAAGUGUGUAUAUUUUUGUACUCGUAAUAGAAAUGACAAAAUCAAUAAGAAAUCGUGCCUUGUUCGAUUUUAACAAAAUUUUUGACAUUCCAAUUGCUCUUGGUUAAAAAUUAUUGAUAUAAAAAAUACGCUUAAAAUAUUAAGAACUGUUUCAUUCGAAAUAAUAAUCUCUUACAUAUUAUAUUCGCCACACCCUUUCAACAGCGCGGGAUCUUUUUUAAGUUGAUAAAAUAAGUUACAUUUAGUAACUGUAAUCUCACUUGUUGGUAUGUGAUGAUGGUAUCUAAAAUGGUAGUUUGCUAAUUUGUUGUAUACGUCUGGCAAUUAUAUUAAACCUAAACCCCCCGAUAGAGUGAACGCUAAGUAGCUUUGCCUCACGUCUUUGUCGGUAGUUAGGGAGGUUAGCCACGGCCGAAACCUCCCACCCUUGCAGAUCCUGUGUUGUUGAUACAUCGCCGCGAUUUCUACCAACAUGUAACUGCAAUGGUAGAAAAUGACUAAACAUUGGUAGCUUUUGUACACAAUAUUGUAUGUCGAUAUACGUCCAAAAUAUAUAACAUGUUUUAAUGUCAAUAUUCAAAUAGAAUGCAAAUUGAUAUAUAUAUAAAUAUAUAUAAUAUUUAACGCCAAUAUUAGUCGAUAUCUUAGUCCUAAGAACGUAAUUUAGCGUAUGAACAGACGUACAAAUCAGUAUACCAGUAUUUUUUAUAUACAUAUUUGAUGCAUUUAGUAUGUUUUUACUACUUUAAUGUGAGUACUUAGUGUAAAAGUAUCAACAGUAUAGCAGUUUAGUUUGAAACAACUUUGAGUCCAGCGUGCCUGUAUGUUUUAGAGUGCUAAUCUCCGGAAGUUCUAAACCAAUUUCGUUGACAUUCUCUUCAAUAGAUAGAUUGUCUAUUAUAGAAAGUUUAAGGUGCCUGUUAAAACUAUGAUAUUUUAUAAAUUAUUUUUAGAACAAACGCUAUCCGCUUACUUGAUCCGGUGUUUCACAAGACCGUCUACAGAUUACGAGGUCCAUAAACAGUUGCUAAAACCUCGUGAGACUAAUUGUUUGUAUACUCAUCGAUUCGAAAUUUGUACCAAACAAGUAGAUAUUGGGAUUUUUCUUUAGAAAUUCUCAGUAACAGCCUUUCUAAGGAACACGUCGAUACGAUGACCAGUAUGUGACAAUAAUUGUUAGAACCUAUCAACCCGCAUUGCAGAAGCAUGGUGGGUCUAAACUGUCGUCUCUGUUGACAAUUGAGAUAAAAGUUGUUUAAAAGUUAUUUUAUACCAUAGUUCCUAACUUAAAUUAAAAUACGCCGAUGUACAGAUGCG